UAGAGGUAAAUGGAGUCACUUGGUGGCCGCAUAACAGCACCACUAGAGAAGGACAUUUCAUGUCCUUCUCUAGCCUAGUAGGCUGCUUUUUGUCCAACAGUAGUUAUUCCAGCUGUAUUCUAACAUUUUAUUAAGAAAUUCACUAUUUUCAAAAUUAUUAUACUACAGGCACUAAUUGAGACUAAUGGGAUGACUCUGAGGUCGAUGGACCUGGUAGUCUUCUCAUAUGGUUAACCUUAGCCUGCUUGUUAAGAUGGACAAAAAUGCUGAUUUGCUCUUAUAGACAUGAAUAGCAGUUACGAUAGUUCUGAUAAAGAUGAUCGCAAAACAUCGAAAAAGAAGAAAGAUGAUACUUUAGACCAUUCCAAGCUUGACAAAGAAAUGAACAGAGUGGCUAAAACUAGAGUUGGCAAAGAAGAAGAUACUAAGGACAAGGUCCUUGGCAAGCUCAGAGCCAUUAAUUUCAGACUAAGAAAGAAGCUGAAGUACCUCAAUGAGAAGGUAGAGAAAGCUAUUGAUCGUACUGAGACUAAAAGAAUUCUUGCGGCACGGAAGAGGGCUCCUAAGGACACCGCUCACAUGAUCAGAGUUAAGGACAAAGAGAUUGAUAAUGCCCAGAACCAGAUCGAGUCUUACCAGGUAGAAAUUCAUAAGCUACAAACAAAGAUUGAUGAAAUCAGUCAAGUGGGGAAAAUGAUCGAGAUUGAACAAGAGGUCAGGGAGCAUAAGUCCAUUGUUUCCGAACUUAAAAAAGAGAUUAAGGACAAGGAACUUCUACUCAAGAAUUUGGCUAAAUCAGAUGACCCAAGCUACAAGAUUAAGAACAUGAUUAAUGAGAUUAGAAUGUGGAAGGAGAAAAUCGCUGCCAGGCAAGAGCUGUAUGAAAAGAACGAGAAUAAUGUCAAUGGUCAAAGUGAAAGACUUCCUGAGAUUGAGAAAGAGAAUGAAGAGCUCAUGGGCCAAAUCCAGUCUCUUGAUGCCAAAAUUGACUUUGAAAAUAGUAAGAAAUAAAGACAAGAGAGCUAAGAAAGAUCUCGAUGACAUUGGAGAAAAUGUAAAGGCCUCUAAAGAGAAGUUCGAGAUGGGCAAGAAAAAUCAUGAAAAGGAAAUAAAAGCUCAGAAGAAGAAGACUGAUGAAGCUGAAAAAGAGAGAGAAGAGCUAUAUAAGAAGUUGAAGGAGCUUGGACAAGAGAAAAGAAUCUCGAGUUUGAAGCUAAGAGAAGUAGGAAGAAUGCUCAAGCAUAACCAACUGAAUCCUAUCGGGGCAGUUAACACCAAGAAUGUAAUGACUUCGAGAAGAGGAGAAUCAGUCAAAAAGAAGGUUUUAAAUAAGCGUGGCUCGACUAGUAAUCUCCACUCAGGCUCAAAGCCAAGGAGAAGGUCUAUUGUCUCUGGAGAGAAAAAGCUGAGUAAGGGUAAAAACAACCAAUCUACCCAACUGCUACACAAGCAGAAGCAGUACUCAAAGCCAAAUGAAGAUAGUGAUGAAGAUUUUGAGAAGAACCAAGUUCUUGAUUACUCAAAGUUAAAGAAAAGAGUUUAAUCCUAAGGAUCCAAAUUGUUUUCGGUCUAUAAAUUUCCUUA